UCACCUCAGGAUCCAAUCAAGAUACCUAAUCUUGAAAGCCCCCAAAACUGCUGUCAACUAGAUUUCCUGUUCUUGAUUUAACCUCAUCCGACCCGGCUUCGAUCUUUACGGUCGUCACCUCAUCGGACAAUGAAGCUGAAGCCUCCUCGGACACGGAUCGCGACCCGGGAGCCGCUUGCAAAUAUUUAUUUCGUACGUCGUCCGAAGCCCAGACAUCAUCGACAUGCCAUGUUUUUCGGGUGAAAGCUGCCAAGUUCUUGUCAACGUUCCCCUGCUUUUUUUUUUUUCCAUUCAGCAAGGCACUUAGCGAACAUGGGUCUUCAGAAGCGUUCGGGCCGCGCGAGGAAAGACGGCGGCGGGUCCGUGCAUUGCGAUGCCGCGGACGCAGGCGAGGGCGAGGUCGCGGCGAAGAGGAUACCGGGCGUGCCGAGGUCGGCGUUGGGUUCUCACCUAGAGGAGUUGUUCAAGAAGAAGGGGUCGAUUAGAGAAGAUGCAUUGACCUCUAUAAUCCAGACAUUCAAGCGGCGGAUAGAGCAUGAAUUCGUGGAGAAUAAUUUUGCUACUUUGCUCUAUCGAUUCCUGAAUUGCGCGAAGAAUGGUUCGUCUAAGGAGGUGGCCUUAGCGUCUCAUGCAAUCGGGUUGCUGGCGAUGACAACCAAAUGCAGAGACAAGGCUCACGAACUAUACGGAGAAUCUGUUUCCUUAUUUUCCAAGGCACUUAAACCUCAAUCCAAAAAAUACUAUUAUGAGAUGGUGAAUAGCUUGGUGGUGGUUACCUACUUCUGUGCAGAUGCUUCAGUGGAGACUGAAAAGUCUAUGCAGAUUUUAUGGGAUUUCAUUCACCAACAAGGUGGCACUAAUAUAUCUGAGGAUGCCGAUGCAAUGUCCAUUCUUGUUGCUGCAAUAUCUGCAUGGUCUUGCUUGCUCUCAACACUUGAUGGAUGGAGAGUCGAUAGCAAGCAAUGGAAGGGGGCCAUACCUUACUUCUUGAGCUUACUAAAGACCAACAAUAUUGAAGCCCUUCAACUGGUAGCAUGUGAAGCAUUGUUUUUGAUACUGGAAAUUGGAUAUCUUCGUAAGUUCUCUGACGAAACCGAGGCUUGCGAUGACAUUGCAAAGCUAGUGAGGAGUACAGUCUGCAGCAUAAAUCCAACCUUCAUCAAAUAUUCGGCGGACAAAUUCCCAAAGAAGAGUAUAGCAGUCGGCAGACAAAGAGUAAUCUUAUCAACAUGGUCAGAGUUAAUACAGCUAAAUUUCUUGAAGCUGUUUUUAGGACAAGACGGAUUCAUUACUCAUAUGCUUGGAAACAAACUCCUUAGAGACGUGUUCGAGUUUAAUAACCAAGAGAGUCCUUCGGAUGCUCGACUCUACAUACCAGAAAGAGAAGAGGUAGUUAAGCAAUACUCGCUCCCGGGUCGAAAGCCUAAAGCUAGAGACAGAGAUAAAGCAAGAAGCAAAGAGAUCGAUCUUUCUUUCACUUCCAGCAAGGAAAAACUAAUUGAUCACAGAAUGAACAAGUCGGCAAAUUCUGCUAAAAACAAAGCGAGGACACAGCUCUUGAACAAGAACCGAGCGUUUUCAGAGGAAAGGCGCACUGGCCAUUUCAUUUCUGAAGAUUGAAAAUCCAUGUACUCAUCAGACAUGCAGAUUAGUCGGCUACUCACUGCGAUUAUCAUAAUUUCCGAGAAAUCUCAUUUUUUUUAGUCAUAAUUACCAUUGUUAUUGUAACAUAAUGUACACUUGCAAUCUAAUCCCAUGCUUUUCAUCACUUAA